AUGCCCAGAGCGCGAGGCGGACGAACAUCCAACGGCUCGACCACAUCCAACGAGCCUGACUCAAUAGCAUCAACAUCAGCUGCCGCCGACACAGACGCAAUAUCCACAAACGGCCACAAUGAUGCCUCAGCUCAGCUCGCACCGAUCGCUAGCUCGUCCAAAGACCCGUUCACCUACCACUCGGUCGAACUAGCAUCCACCGAUGCACUCCCCUACUUCGAUCGAGACCUCGAACUUCAGCCCGGCCUUCGAUCCCGCGUAGAUGCACUGAUAGCAGAAGAGCAAGCCUCCCUCCCACCCAUCGACCCAUCCACAUCAUCACGACUCCCACCAGCAUACGAGCCCUUCAGCACGCGGCCCGAUCUCCGCGCCGAGCUGGACCGCAUCGGUUCCGGUCAACCUUCCACGCAUACCCUCGAUACCCAACGCUACACCCUCCCCUCCCCGUCCUCUGGUGAAACCGCAUCGCUCUCAGAAUGGCAGUCCGCGGUCGACUCCGCGCACGCUCAAUUGGCGCACAUGGACGUCCGGUUGAAAAACAUUGAACUACUCAAAAAGUACGGUAGCAACUCUUGGAGGCUCUCGAACUUCCAACAGGAGCAAGAGAUCCGGUUGAUCUCGGAGCAGCUGGAUGCAGUCAAGGGCGAGACGAACGAGGUAAACAGGUUGAGGCAGAAGGAUCAGCUCGAGGCGGGCGCCAAGCUGACGACGUUGGAGAAGAGGUGGACCGAGUUGAUCUCGAGAGGCUUGCAGUUGGAGGUGGCGAAUGUCACGACGAGGGAAGUGGUGGAGGUGUUGAAGAGUAAGAAGCGGAGGCUGGAGGAGGAGUUGCGUCGAUUGGAGUGA